AUGAAGCUUUCUCUUCAAAUUUGUAUCGGCGUCCUCGCCGCCUUGUCCUCCUCUGCCAACGGCCUUGUAUUCCGCGACAGACUUACACAAGAUGUCGACGGCACUACUCUGAAUUUAGUCCACGGUAUCCAAGGAGAAGAAGAGGUGACAUUUGAUGUUGACGCCCACAGCCUACAAUUCAAUGCCUGGGAAUUCAAUACCGAGGGUCAGCCAGAUACUGAUGCUGUCAUAAGACCUAUAAACUCCCCUGCAACCCUUGUAUGCAGGGAGGGCUCGAUAUGCAGCCUUGAUCUCAACGGAGAGGACCAACAAGUCUAUCGGAUAGACAGGAUCAGUGGGGCUAUAUUUUCCUUCCAAGACACAGCCUCUUCGCUCUACAUUUCUCGGACUUCGGAUUUACGUCUCGAGCUCUCCCCAGAAUUGACCGAAGAUGGUUAUUUUACAAUGCAUAAGAUUACAGCCUCUGAGCUUUAA